AUGGAGUGGUCCGAGGACGGAGGUUUGGGAACAGGGGGUAGCCGGCUUAGUGCGGGUGAGCCGGUGGAUACGGAAGUGGAAGAUGAUUGGGAUGGGAUGGUUGAGCUUGAUACGGGCGUUUCGAAGUUAUACGGAGAUGACGGCGCUCUCGUUGUUCUUCUUCAAUCUGUUGCCGGUGUGGAGGCUAGAUGGGAUGCAGCUGCUGGAGUGUUUGGUUAG